CUCAUUGCAUACUCAGGGAAGCAGGCCCCUCAGUUCAAAUGCAAUGUUCUGAAAUUUUUGAUUCAAAGAAAGAUAAAAUAAACAUACUUCACCUUGGAAAAGCCUUUGUUACAGACGGGGGCAAAUUGUCUCAUCUGCUAAAAAUCAUACAUGUGAAUGUACCAAACUGGAAUAAUUACGCUGAGUUAAAAGUAGAGAGUCCAUUUGAAAAGUGUAUGGAAGAUAUUGCUGAAACAGUGAAAGUUUCUCUAGAGAAAGGACAUCACCAUAAUGUUAAUGCCAUUGCAAUACCACCUAUAAGUACAUGUGGAGUUGGAUCUGUACCACUUCCUGUUUGUGGUAGAGCAUAUGUAUCAGCUGUGACGUCAUACAUAGAUGCUUACCCAAAGGAAGCCACAAAUAAAAUCAGAGAAAUCUAUUAUGUUGACACAGAUCAGUCUAAAUUAGACGCCAUUAAAUUCGCAUUUAGUGGUUUACAACAUUGGGUUUUCCAUCAAGCUGAUAACGAAAAGCAUUUCUAUCACGGUGAAGGGAAAGUAGUAAAAAUACUUGCCAGUGAAAUUUUAUUUGCAGAUGCUGAAGCAUUAGUAGCCCCACAGGAUGCUGAAAUGAAAAGUGAACGUUAUAUUGCCAAAAGUCUUAAACGAUGCGAAUGCAAAUCAUAUGAUCAGGAAAUUGCCAAUUUUCAUAGAUGUGCAUGGUGUGUCGGAGAUAUCAGAACCACAUCUGCUCCAAAAUCUUUGAAAUUUUACCAUAUUUUGCACGUUUAUUCCCCGAGUUGGAGAUCCGACGUUCCAUUAGAUGUAAAAGCUAGAGACUUGAGGACCUGCAUUAAAAACAUAUUCAAAGAGGCAUCAAAACUUAAGCUUGGGACAAUUGCAAUACCAACAUUUGGUGGAGGAAUAAAAGACAAUAUUAGCAAGCAAAAAAUAUUUAAAGAAACUGCUGGAGCAAUCGUUGAAUGUCUUAAAGGAACUCCUGGCUGCACUAUUCGUGUCAUUUUCAUCAUAGACAGUGAUGAAUUGAACAUUGCUCUAAUGAUUUAAAAAUUUUACAAGAUAUUGGGUCAAGAUGGAAAGAAACAAAACAUGGACUUCAUUGACGUUCAAAGACCUAAUUUACAAGUGUCAAAAACUGAGAUUUAAUCUGGAGAGCGUCCUAGUAAAUUGAACGGUUUGAAAUGUAAUGUAUAUCAAUUUAAAAAAAGUGAAAUUAAUUCUAGUAUAUCCAUAUCUUUCUAUUCAUUGUACUUGCAUCUUGCAGCUAUAACACAAGAUUUAGUACUUGGAUCUCUAAUUACGAACACUUCUUUUUCUGUAUUGUCAAAUCAAAUAAAGCUCAUGUAGGAUUGGUAUUUGAACAUUAAAGUUUUGUAGGAUGCAACCAUGCUGCAUUUUAAUUUGGUUUUGUAGCAGAAGAAAUUACAUUAUAUUGUAAUGCUAGAACUAGGACUAAUUCAAAUGUUUUGUGGCUGUAUUACGUAUAUUGUAUAUGUAACC